CUAUCCAACUCAUCUCUUUUUUCACAACAUUUUCCACAUUCACAAACAUAGAUCUUCCACCAACAUCACAACUGUGAACUCACCCUCAUCCACACACGAACACACAUUUCACAAUUUUGCACGCUUUUUGAGCAUCCAUUUCUACGAUUUUCUACGGUUUCAUUUUGACAGCAGCAAUUCUUACCAUUCUUGGUUCACAGUCAACCGAUCUCAACAUAUCGACCUUUCGUCAUCAAUCUGCCUACGGCAUUAUCCAAGAUGAAGUUCUCUACGAUCCUUGUUGGCGCUGCUGCAGCCGUUGCUGCGGCUCAGGGCUCCGGCUUCCCUCAGGGCUUCCCUGAGUGCGGUGUCACCUGCGUCAACAACAUGUUGAGCCAAGCUUCCCAGCUUGGAUGUUCCGACGUCACCCCCUCGUGCCUCUGCACUAAACAGAACUUCAUAUACGGAGUUAGAGACUGCGCUACGGAGUCGUGCCCUGACCAAUCCGUCGCCCAGCAGGUCAUCCAGUACGGUAGUCAAUACUGCGCUGGUGUUGGUGUUGCCGUCUCUGGUAUUCCCUCUGCUACUGGCGAGAAUCCCAGUGCCUCCACUACUUUGGUUGCGACCGAUUCUCCCACCGCCAACCCUAGUUCCUCUCAGGGAUCAGCUUCGGCUUCAGCUUCGGCUUCAUCGGAUUCGUCCGCCUCGACGGCUUCUGAAGGUUCAACUUCCGGAGGAUCAGCAACUCAAGAGUCCAGCACUUCCGGUACUGGUGUUGUUGUUAUCCCUAUCACCACGGAGACCAUCUCGACUACUAUCAGCGGCAGCGAUGGCCCCAUCACCUCGGCGGUUGUUAGUACUGUCUUCUCGACUUCUGGAGCUUCCGCCUCGGGCAGUGCCACCUCUGGAGCCGAGUCUGGAUCUGUCACUACGGGUGUGAUCGAGUCGACUGUUACCACCAACGGCUCAACCCUGGUAAGCAGCAUCACCACCACUGGUCCGGCAAGCAGUGAAACAUCGGAGGGAAGCAGCGAGUCUGCCCCCAACGGAAGCGCCGAGUCUGCUUCAUCUACUUCGAAUCCCGCCGCACAGCGAACCGCAGCACCAGUUGGCCUCAUUGCUGCUGCUGGUUUAGCCGCUCUGAUGCUAUAAACAACUUGGUGAGCAAGUGAUUUGGUCAGGCUGAAUCUCAAUUCAGAAAAAAACGGCAUUUGGUUUGAGAGGGUAUGCAAACAGGUCACAUAAUAUUAUUGGUCGGUUAGUGUGAGGAUGAUUCACGAUAGCUGGGAAUUCCCCUUGACUUGAUGAUGCGAUGACUUCGAGGUUACGGGCGGCUU